CUGGGUGACAUGGACACGGCGCUCGCGAAGCGCAUACAUGCCUGCCUCCGUGCAAACGCCCUUGACUUCCGCACCCGAUGCACCUGGCAUUAGCUCGGCGAUCUUGCGUAGAUUAAUGCCACGCGUGAGGUUCAUCUUACGGGAGUGAAUCUUCAAGAUGUCCAGACGCGCCUCCUCGUUUGUGCAGAUCUCACAGCCAAUUUCCUGUUGUCUGUUAAAUUCCUAUUUUAAAGUCUAAAAUGCCGGCCACCAAGGGACUCCUGUUCAAGCGCUACAUCCGGAUCGAGUUAAACUUGUGGCAACGGACGCUCUUCGAGAUCAUCACCCUGGUGGUAAUGGUCCUUGUGAUCUUUCUAAAUCCCAUCGCCCACUCCAAGAAACUACUUUACACGACCACCGAGAAUGAAGACGAACAGAGCAUCGUAUCCCACAAGCUGCAGGACAUAAAUAUAUUGUCACGCAUGACGGACUCAAAGCGGGAGAAACCCAAGUACAUUCUAGCCUUCACGCCCGAAACGGCGUUUACAACGGACGUGGUCAACAAAGUGGCCAAAACGCUGGAACUGAGCUCAACCUUGGGCUACGAUAGCGAGUCCGAAAUGCAAAAUCAGUUCGACGAGCGGACUACCCUGGCGGGCAUUGUUUUCAAUAACCUCCAUGAUGAGGGCACUCCGCUGAUGCUAUCCAUCUCGAUACGAUUCCCCAGCCAGUUCCGCACAAUCACACCGUUCCUCACUGAAGAUCGCCUGUGGAUAACCCGCUGCUCGGGUCGCAUUAAUCCCGUGCGGGAUCGGGCCAAACAUGAUAAGCAACAAGAUAUAUACAUUCGCGAGGGUUUCCUGCAGCUGCAGCAUCAGGUCUUUGUCGAAUGGUACCACCGUUUGCGCACAGACGUGAUCACCACCUAUACCGAACCCCAUGUCGAGGUCUUCAACAUCCUAAUGCAGGCCGCAGACGAGCCGUGCUCCGUGAUGAGUGUCGCCCAGCUGCCCACAUUCUUGUAUAACUUUAUAUACCUUCUGCCCUUCCUGAAUAUCAUCAGAAACGUGGCUGCCCAGGUGGAGGAUGGAGUGAUGGUGCAUCAGUGGCACUACGGCUACUCCUUUGGCAUGCAGUGGGGCAUUAAGUUUUUGGUGCUUUUUCUCAAAAUGUCCAUUUUGGGUGCCAUAUAUACAGUAAUGUUGUUAGCUUUUUGGGGAUUUGGGGGACGAGAAGGGGAGUUUUCCGGCAUUGGAACGAUAGCCUUCGUCUGCUUCAUCAUACUGUACACCGUGGAGAUCAUUAUCACGGGAAUGGUGGUGGCCAAACUGUUUGCCAAUCCCACAAAUGCGGUUCUUUUCGCCUUGAUGGUCUGGCUGUUCAUGUACGCGGCUUUCUGCAUUAUACUGGAACGCUACUGGGACAUCCACAAGUACUACGUGUUCUUCAUCCUGGUGGCUUUCUUCAACUGCCAGAUGCACUUCAGCAUGAGCUUGUUCAGGAACUGCAUCGAGGAACCGGAUAUGGUGAACACUAUUGAUUUCGUCCUGAUCUUCACAUCGGCCAUAAGUUCGGCCUUGAUUUACCUUCUGAUUCUAUUGGCGAUUCAGUGGCGCAUGCCGGGCACCUUUCUCAGUCGGCGGGUAGUGAACAAUAGGCCCCGGAAGCAGCAGGACUCGGACGCCACCGUUGUGUAUUUGGGCAAGGCUCCGAGUUUCCAGAACUUUGAGUUCGGCGAUGUGGGCAGUGUGGAGUUCAUGCGAUUGCGUCAUGUCAGCACUUCGCAUCACGAAACGGAGCGGAAGAUCCUGAAGAAUAUAUCCAUGCGAAUCUAUCGUGGGGAGGUGUAUGUGAUCCUCGGCCACAUUGGCUCCGGUAAACUUACACUUCUGAGGAUUUUGGCCGGGCUCAAGUUCCCGCUGCGCGGCAGUAUAUUCGUUAUGGGCAAAAUUUUUGUGCCCCGUGGCGAAGCCCGUCGCAUGCUGGACUUCCGUUUCGAUGAGCAUGGGCUCAACAAGCACUUGACCGUGGAACAGACCAUCGACUACCAUGUGCGUCUUAAGCUGUCGCCCAGCGAUUCCGACCGCUACGAAAUCGAGAGGCGCAAGUGGUUGGCCAUACUGGAUCAGCACGUCGAGAGUCGGAGGGUCCGGGUCGAAAAGCUGAGUGCGGGCGCCAUGAAACUGGUGGCGCUGUGCUGCUGCUUGGCCGGAAAUACGCCCAUCAUUAUAAUGGAGGAGCCGACCGCAAGCCUGACGGGACGGGAGGCGCAGAUGUUUUGGUCUAUUGUCCAUGCGGAGAAGGAAAAUCGCGCCUUUAUCAUAUCCACUUACAAUGUUGGCGAAGCGGAGCACGUCGCAGAUCGCAUCGGUAUCCUCAGCAUGGGCGUCCUGGAGGCCAGUGGGACGCCCUUCUUUUUGCGAGCCAAGUUCAGCAGCAGUGUGGAUCUGGUCAUUAUCAAGAAGCCACAUGUGCCUGAUCAGCCCAUCACUGACUACAUAAACCAGGUUAUUCCGAACAUCGAGCCGGAAAAUGAGAUCGGUGAUACGCUGACUUACAAGCUGCCUGUGAUAUACCGUCCAAGGCUGCAGAAACUACUGAUUCACCUGGAGAUCGAUAGCAAGAUGCUGGGCAUUGAGAAUGUAAAAGUGGUGGGUGCGGAACUCUCCGACAUUUACAUGACACUGGUCACCUCGUUUCGACUGCAGCAGCAGAUGAUUCCGGAUGUCACGCAAACUUUCAAAUACCAGGUGGUUUCCAAGACGCAACUGACCAUACAACGCAUGCGGGCCAUGUUCUACAAGAAGAUGAUCAACACGGCGCCUAAUGUCUGGCCCAUUAUCAUGAUCUUCACCAGUUUCAUUUUGGUUGCCAUCAUUGCCCGCUUGUCCGUGCUGCUCGAUAUGCCGAAAGAGCGCCAGAACUCGAUUCACAUCGGUUUCAAGGACCAAGAGGACGUGAUCAAAAACAUGCCAAGACUGCAGGACUGCGGGUACAUCGACAUCCGGUCAGCGGUGAAAGCUAACAAGAAGAGAAGCGUCGAUGUCUCCCGAACUUUUAAUGAUCAAUCCUUUGUUUGUGAAAAAGGUAGCUAUCGGAACGAUCUUAAAAAGAAGAACGAGCUGAGCAGUUUUGGGGCAGUGGAGGCGGACGGGGACCAGCACCUAAACGGCUAUAUAAGCCAGGAUAUAUUUCACUCGGCUCCCAUGAUGCUCAAUUUGCUGCAAAAUGUCAUGCUUAGACUUGCAUAUCCCGAGGAUAAGGAUAUAGUUGUCCUGGUGGAGAACCAUCCGCUGCCCACACAGCUGUCCCGUAAGAUCAAUGUGCUGGACAACAAGAUCGCGCACAUCCAUGUGCCCUUGGUUGUCGGCUGCAUCAUACCGCUGACCGUGUCCGUUUUCGUCAUCCCCCUGGUGGAGGAGGAGAUAUGCGAUGUUCGAUUCCUGCAGCACAUGGCCGGACUUGGGUUGAAGGUCUUCUGGGGCAUCAAUCUGUUUUGGGACUGGUUCACCUUCUUCGUCUACUCGAUCAUCAUUGUGGUUAUCAUGAGCUUGAUGGGCAUCGGUGGCUUUGGUUUCCACGAGAAUGCUAUCCUGGUGCUUCUAUUGACCAUCUUCGGACUGGCGGCCCUGCCACUCACCUACCUGGUGUCCAUGUACGUGAACAAGUCGAUUAUCCGGGCAUUUCUCGUUUCCGUACUCCUGCAGGGAGUGUCUGGAUUGGUAGUAUAUAUCAUCUACUGGGACGUCGCGAACAGCAAUAAGAUCUUCUUCUACGCCGCCUGCAUGUCGCCCGGAUUUUCGCUCCUGGACGGAAUCAGCAAUGUGUACGCCCAGUAUCUGGAGCAGGCAAUCUGCAAGGACAAGUGCGAGGCGCUCGACACCUGCACGAAGGAGAACAUGGACGAGGAGGUGCCGAAUUGCAAAUUUGACACUUUGUUCAAGUGGGCUUCACCGGGGAUUUUGCCGCCCAUGGUGUACAUGGUAGUGUCCGCUUUAAUAUUCUUAAUGCUGAUUUUCUGGAUUGAGUUGCAUCGCAGGGAGAAGAAGUUCCAUACCUCCAGAGAUCUUAGUAAUAUGAGAACCGCCACGUAUCCCUUCGACGAUGGUGAUGUGGCGGACGUGAAGCAAAAGAUCGCCGAAGCGGAUAACGCCAAGGCCAAGCAGUCCGUCUUCUUAGUGGAUCAGGUGGAGGCCAGAGUCCCAGCUGCUGGCAAAAGGGUACACACUGUCUCCUUUGCCCUGAACAAAUACAUGAGUAUGGGCAUCUUUGGGCCUCGCAACUCUGGCAAAAGUCACUUGAUGAGGCAGCUGGUGGGCCAGGAUGGAUUCGCCUUUGGCGAGAUCUACGUGCGUGGUCUGGACUUCAAGUUUGAUCUGGAAAGCAUCCACACCUACAUGGGCUACUCCCCGCAGCACCAAGGACUCCUACGCGACUUGACACCCCGAGAGCACAUCCGGCUGUUGUGCAUGAUCCGUGGUGUUCCCGAGGCUAAGAUCGGGGAAAAGAUGCAUGAUCUUUGUCUCAUGCUCAACAUGACCGGGUGGAUGCACCGAAAGUGCAGUUUGCUGACGGCGGAGAAGAAGCAGAAGUUAAAAAUCGCCAUGGCACUGGUGGCCUACAACAAGAUCGUCGUUCUGGACGAGCCCACUUGCGGCAUGCCGGCAACUACCAGGCGGGAAAUCUGGAAUAUCCUUCGGUAUAUCCGAUACUGCGGCAAGACGAUCAUUUUUGCCACCAACGAUGAACUCGAGUGCAAGAUCCUUGCCGACUUUAUUAUCCUGUUUCAGGACAGCGAGAUGCUGGCCAUCGGUAGUCUGCAGUAUCUGCGAUACAAGUACAGCCAUGGAUUCUAUCUUGAGAUUCGGCUCAUCCGCGAUGGAUCCACCCUCGCCGAAUCGGAGGAGAAUUUGCGUAAGGAUGUUGAAAAUUUGGCCAAGUUCGUCAACUUCCUGCACAACAGAUCCGAGCUAGUAGGUCGACUUAACAAUUGGUUCAAGUUCUACGUGCCCGUUGGCCACAUCGUUUACUCAUUUCUAUAUGGCUCCAUGGAGAAGAACAAGUCGCGUCUAAACAUCAGUGACUACUGCAUCUACCAGGCGGACAUGAUCAGUGUGGUAGCCCAGGUGCAGGAGACACGGGCCCAGUUGAAGCACCAUCUCGUCCAGACGGAGGGCCCCCUCCCCCUGGAAACUGCGGGCCCCAACUGGGGCAGGGAAAGGAAGUAAUUCCGAUCAGUUAUAGGGGAAGCCGUGCCGUUCUAUACCACGCUAUGCCACGCAUGUUCUAUAAACCGUACCAUAAAAUGUUUCUAAGCAGUGUUGAAAUGUAAAAUUUAUUACAUUUUC